AAUGAACUGUGCGCGGUAGAAGAACUAGUAACGCCGCAACUUCCUCUUCGAGUCGGAUUUUUUGCAAAUGAUUAUUAUUUUUUUAACCAACUUCCUUCCUGCUUUUAACUGCCAACGCUGAGACAGAAAGGAACCCCGGACGCAGCCGCCAGCAACCAACAGUCAUGACUGAGAAAGACCCUGAGGUACAUGUGGAAGAAGAUGACGAUGAGCUAGACAAUAAACUAAACUACAAGCCUCCACCUCAAAAGACACUUCAGGAAUUACAGGAGCUGGACAAAGAUGAUGAAAGCCUUGCAAAAUACAAGAAAUCUUUGCUGGGGGAUGCACCAGUGGUUGCAGACCCAACACUUCCAAAUGUGACCGUCACUCGACUUACUCUUGUAUGUGACACUGCUCCAGGACCAAUCACCAUGGACCUCACUGGGGACCUUGAAGCCCUGAAGAAAGAGACCUUUGUAUUAAAAGAAGGAGCUGAAUAUAGAGUCAAGAUCCACUUCAAAGUAAACAAAGAUAUUGUAUCUGGUUUGAAAUAUGUCCAGAACACUUACCGGAAAGGAGUGAAAGUGGAUAAGGCUGUAUUCAUGGUAGGCAGCUAUGGGCCACGGCCAGAAGAGUAUGAAUUCAUGACACCUCUUGAGGAAGCACCAAAGGGCCUGGUGGCCCGAGGAAACUACUGCAAUAAGUCUCUCUUCACUGAUGAUGAUAAGCACAACCAUCUCACCUGGGAAUGGAACUUGGCUAUUAAAAAGGAAUGGACAGAGUGAAUUUUACCUGGUUUUCUUUUUUUGCUUCUUCUGCUGCUUGUGCUUAUUCCAAGUGUGUCAGUUUCUGGCACAUGCAUGCCAUGCUUCUUCCACAUAACCCAACCCUUUUAUUGUCAAAACGAAUUUAGCCAAUAGAGGCUAUUGGAGAGACUCUGUCUCUCCUCCUGCUACCUUGAAAAUAAUCACACAAAAACCAACAGGGACAAAGCAUUUCUCUUGUUGCACAGGAUCAGUUCUUGAAGUGCCUUUGGUCAGAAGAUACACAGUCACCAACUUAAGCCAAUUGCUAUCAUGGCACAUCAGUUGAUUGAAAGAGAGUUGGCUUUGGAAUUUCUCUUUCCCCCUGCCUUAUAUGAAAAGUUCUGUCAGCAGAUAAUGUCUUGUUUAAAUCUGUUUCCCAGAAUUGCAUAUGGAGUUGCCUUGUCUAGUAAUAUAAGAUACAAUUCCUGAUCUGGUCUGUAAAGAUAACAGUGUCUUUGAAAAUAAAGCCAAUUUUGUCCUUUG